AUGGCCUGCUGCGCUACUAGCUUCUGUGGCUUUCCCACUUGCUCCACCGGUGGCACCUGUGGCUCUAGCUGCUGCCAGCCCAGCUGUUGUCAACCCAGCUGCUGCCAGCCCAGCUGCUCCCAGUCCAGCUGCUGCCAGCCCAGCUGCUCCCAGUCCAGCUGCUGCCAGCCCAGCUGCUCCCAGUCCAGCUGCUGUCAACCCAGCUGCUCCCAGUCCAGCUGCUGCCAGCCCUGCUGCUCCCAGUCCAGCUGCUGCCAGCCCUGCUGCUCCCAGUCCAGCUGCUGCCAGCCCAGCUGCUGCCAACCAAGCUGCUGUGGAACUGGCAGUGGCCAGGAGGGUGGCAGUGGAGGCGUGAGCUGCCGCGUUAGAUGGUGCCGCCCAGACUGCCGCGUGGAGGGCACCUGCCUGCCCCCCUGCUGUGUGGUGAGCAGCACACCCCCAACCUGCUGCCAGCUGCACCAUGCCCAGGCCUCCUGCUGCCGCCCAUCCUACUGUGGACAGUCCUGCUGCCGCCCAGCCUGCUGCUGUCACUGCUGCCCCCCCAGCUGCUCUGAGCCCAGCUGCUGCCAGCCCACCUGUUAA